CUAGUCUGAGGCUAGUUACCACGUCAGUGCGCUGACAGGCCGGGUAGCCGGCUCCACCGCCCGCUUUCCGGCCGACUCUUCUCGGCCGCUGUGUGGUCCCUGAUUGCGGCCUCAACUGCCAGGAAAAGGGCUACUUCCCUUCUCCCAUCUGCCGCCAGAGUCGGGAGAGCCGCUCGGGGACGCCUUCGAGGCCCGGGCUGGACAUGAGCAGCGGCUGCCGGUCCUGGGACUAGGCCCCGCCAUUUUGGAUCCGCUGACAGGUUUGCCAGGAUGGUGGAUAAGAAUAUUUACAUCAUUCAAGGGGAGAUUAACAUUGUGGUUGGGGCCAUCAAACGGAAUGCCCGAUGGAGCACCCAUAUUCCAUUGGAUGAAGAACGGGAUCCUCUGCUGCAUAGUUUCAGUCAUCUAAAGGAGGUUCUAAACAGCAUAACCGAACUCUCAGAAAUUGAGCCCAAUGUAUUUCUUCGUCCAUUUCUGGAAGUGAUUCGCUCUGAAGAUACCACUGGGCCUAUCACUGGACUGGCACUCACCUCUGUCAACAAGUUCCUGUCCUAUGCACUCAUAGAUCCCACUCAUGAGGGCACAGCAGAGGGCAUGGAGAAUAUGGCAGAUGCUGUCACCCACGCCCGUUUUGUGGGCACGGAUCCUGCCAGCGAUGAGGUUGUCCUGAUGAAAAUCCUUCAGGUUUUGCGGACUCUCUUGCUGACCCCAGUGGGUGCCCACUUAACCAAUGAAUCUGUAUGUGAGAUUAUGCAGUCUUGUUUCCGGAUCUGUUUUGAAAUGAGGCUCAGUGAGUUAUUGAGAAAAUCCGCAGAGCACACUCUCGUAGACAUGGUGCAGCUGCUCUUCACAAGGUUACCUCAGUUUAAAGAAGAACCCAAGAACUAUGUGGGCACCAACAUGAAGAAGAUUUCUCCAUGUCUCCUCAACAAACUGGAGCUAAGUAGUGGGGAGCAGACCAAAGCCCUGAACCAGUUAGAGAGGGUACUACUCUUUAAGAACCUCAAGCUGAAAAUGAGAGCAGGAGGCAUGAGUGAUUCAUCCAAGUGGAAAAAACAGAAGAGAUCCCCCCGGCCCCCACGCCAUAUGACCAAAGUUAUACCAGGUUCAGAGCUACCCAUCUCCAAUGGAACCACCUUAUCCUCUAACUUCACUGGUGGCAUGCCCUUCAUUGAUGUGCCCACUCCUAUCUCCUCUGCAAGUUCAGAAGCUGCCUCAGCAGUGGUCAGCCCCUCUACAGACAGUGGCCUGGAGUGCUCCUCCCAGGCCACUUCUAAGGAGGACCUCACUGACCUGGAGCAACCUGGCUCUUCAGGGUACAGCACAGCUACAGAGCCUGGCAGCAGUGAGCUAGGGGUUCCUGAGCAGCCUGACUCCCAGCAGGAAGGGGCCCAUGUGGAAAAGGCUCAGUCAGCGUCGGUGGAAUCUAUCCCUGAAGUGUUAGAAGAAUGCACAUCCCCUGUUGACCACUCUGAUUCUGCCUCUGUACAUGACAUGGAUUACGUCAAUCCCCGAGGUGUGCGCUUUACACAGUCCUCCCAGAAAGAAGGUACAGCUUUGGUCCCCUAUGGUCUUCCCUGCGUCCGAGAGCUCUUCCGGUUCCUCAUCUCCCUCACCAAUCCACAUGACCGACACAACUCCGAGGUUAUGAUCCACAUGGGACUGCAUUUGCUGACAGUGGCUCUUGAGUCAGCCCCUGUAGCCCAGUGCCAAACCCUCUUGGGCCUCAUUAAGGAUGAGAUGUGCCGCCACUUAUUCCAGCUACUCAGCAUAGAGCGAAUGAACCUUUAUGCUGCUUCCCUGCGGGUGUGCUUCCUACUGUUUGAGAGCAUGAGGGAGCACCUCAAGUUCCAAUUGGAGAUGUACAUCAAAAAGCUCAUGGAGAUCAUCACUAUGGAGAACCCUAAGAUGCCUUAUGAGAUGAAGGAGAUGGCACUGGAGGCCAUUGUGCAGCUCUGGCACAUCCCCAGCUUUGUCACUGAGCUCUAUAUCAACUAUGAUUGUGACUACUACUGUUCCAACCUCUUUGAAGACCUCACCAAGCUGCUGUCCAAGAAUGCCUUUCCUGUGUCUGGUCAGCUUUAUACAACACAUCUACUGUCUCUUGAUGCCCUGUUGACAGUGAUUAACAGCACUGAAGCCCACUGCCAGGCUAAAGUCCUCAACAACCUUACCCAGCAAGAGAAGAAAGAAGCUGCCAGACCUAGCUAUGAGGCAGUAGACGGUACCCGAGAAGUCAGCAAUACUGAGAGAGCAGCCAGCGAUGGGAAAGCUGUAGGCAUGGCCCCAGACAUCCUAGGCCUGCAUCUUCCAGGUGGAGGGCGGCUGCCAGCAGAACAUGGGAAGCCAGGAUGCAAUGAUCUGGAGGAAGCUGGUGACUCUGGGGCUGACAAAAAGUUUACCCGGAAGCCACCUCGAUUUUCCUGUCUCCUGCCAGAUCCACGGGAACUGAUUGAAAUUAAAAACAAAAAGAAGCUUCUGAUCACUGGCACAGAGCAAUUCAACCAGAAACCAAAGAAGGGAAUCCAGUUUCUACAGGAGAAAGGCCUCCUCACCAUCCCAAUGGACAAUACAGAGGUAGCCCAAUGGCUUCGAGAAAACCCUCGGUUGGACAAGAAGAUGAUUGGAGAGUUUGUGAGUGACCGCAAAAACAUUGACCUCUUGGAGAGUUUUGUGAGCACCUUCAGCUUUCAGGGUCUUAGACUGGAUGAAGCUCUUCGCCUCUACCUGGAAGCCUUCCGCUUGCCUGGGGAAGCACCAGUCAUCCAGAGGUUGCUGGAGGCAUUCACAGAGCAUUGGAGGAAUUGUAAUGGCUCCCCAUUUGCCAAUAGUGAUGCCUGCUUUGCCCUGGCCUAUGCUGUCAUCAUGCUUAAUACUGACCAGCACAACCACAAUGUUCGUAAACAGAAUGCACCCAUGACCCUGGAGGAGUUUCGCAAAAACCUAAAAGGUGUGAAUGGAGGAAAGGACUUUGAACAAGACAUCCUGGAAGAUAUGUACCAUGCCAUCAAGAAUGAAGAAAUUGUGAUGCCCGAGGAGCAGACAGGCUUGGUUCGGGAGAACUAUGUAUGGAAUGUACUGCUUCAUCGAGGUGCCACCCCAGAGGGCAUAUUCCUACGUGUGCCUGCUGGUAGCUACGAUCUUGACCUCUUCACCAUGACAUGGGGCCCCACUAUUGCUGCUCUCUCUUACGUCUUUGACAAAAGCCUUGAGGAGACAAUCAUCCAGAAAGCCAUCUCAGGCUUCAGGAAGUGUGCCAUGAUCUCCGCUCACUAUGGUCUCAGCGAUGUCUUUGACAAUCUCAUCAUCUCUUUGUGCAAAUUCACAGCUCUCAGUAGUGAGUCUAUUGAGAACCUGCCCAGUGUGUUUGGAAGCAACCCUAAAGCCCACAUUGCAGCCAAGACAGUAUUCCAUUUGGCCCAUCGUCAUGGCGACAUCCUUCGAGAGGGCUGGAAAAAUAUCAUGGAGGCCAUGCUACAGCUCUCCCGAGCCCAACUGCUGCCCAAGGCUAUGGUGGAGGUAGAAGAUUUUGUGGAUCCCAAUGGCAAGAUCUCUCUACUACGGGAGGAGAUACCAUCAAACCGAGGAGAGUCGACAGUGCUGAGCUUUGUGAGCUGGCUGACACUAAGUGGCACUGAGCAGUCUAGCGUGCGGGGCCCAUCCACUGAGAACCAGGAGGCUAAGAGAGUGGCCUUAGAGUGUAUCAAGCAAUGUGACCCAGAAAAGAUGAUCACAGAAAGCAAGUUUCUCCAGCUGGAGUCACUGCAGGAGCUCAUGAAGGCUCUCGUCUCAGUGACACCAGAUGAAGAGACAUAUGAUGAGGAGGAUGCUGCUUUCUGCCUGGAGAUGCUGUUGAGGAUUGUGCUAGAGAACAGGGACCGAGUGGGCUGUGUGUGGCAGACUGUUCGAGACCAUCUAUAUCACCUAUGUGUCCAGGCACAGGAUUUCUGCUUUCUUGUGGAUCGGGCAGUGGUGGGGCUACUGCGCCUGGCCAUUCGGCUACUCCGGAGAGAAGAGAUAAGCGGCCAGGUAUUGCUCUCCCUGCGCAUCUUGCUACUGAUGAAGCCCAGCGUGCUGUCCCGAGUCAGUCAUCAGGUAGCCUUUGGGCUCCAUGAACUCCUUAAGACCAAUGCAGCCAACAUUCACUCAGGUGAUGACUGGGCCACCCUCUUCACGCUGCUGGAGUGCAUUGGCUCAGGCGUGAAGCCGCCAGCUGCCCUGCAGGCCACCACCAGGGCCGAUGCACCUGAUGCUGGGGCCCAAUCAGACAGUGAACUCCCAUCCUACCAUCAAAAUGAUACGAGUCUGGACCGAGGAUACACUUCUGACUCAGAGGUCUACGCUGACCAUGGCAGGCCUGGCAAGAUCCACCGAUCAGCCACAGAUGCUGACGUGGUCAACAGCGGUUGGUUAGUGGUGGGGAAGGAUGACAUCGAUAACUCCAAGCCAGGGCUUGGGACUGGGUCCAACCGACCAGGCCCUUCACCCCUGGUCAAUCAGUACAGUCUAACAGUGGGGCUGGACCUCGGACCUCAUGACACUAAGUCUCUGCUUAAGUGUGUGGAAUCACUGUCUUUCAUCGUGCGUGACGCUGCCCACAUCACACCUGACAACUUUGAGCUCUGUGUCAAGACUCUCCGCAUCUUUGUCGAAGCCAGUCUUAAUGGUGGGUGCAAGUCCCAAGAGAAACGUAGCAAGAGUCACAAAUAUGACAGCAAAGGGAACCGCUUCAAGAAGAAAUCCAAGGAGGGCUCAGUGCUUCGACGGCCUCGAACCUCUAGCCAACAUGCCACUCGAGGAGGGCAUAGUGAUGACGAUGAGGAUGAAGGCGUUCCUGUCAGCUACCAUACGGUGUCUUUACAGGUCAGUCAGGACUUGCUAGACCUGAUGCACACCCUGCACAUUCGGGCAGCCUCUAUCUACAGCUCAUGGGCAGAGGAGCAGCGCCACCUGGAGACAAGUGGCCAGAAGAUCGAAGCGGAUUCGCGCACCCUCUGGGCCCACUGCUGGUGCCCCUUACUGCAGGGCAUUGCCUGCCUAUGCUGUGAUGCCCGGCGCCAGGUGCGGAUGCAGGCAUUGACCUAUUUGCAACGAGCACUACUGGUACAUGAUCUGCAAAAGCUAGAUGCCCUGGAAUGGGAGUCCUGCUUUAACAAGGUGCUGUUUCCUCUACUGACCAAGCUCUUGGAGAACAUCAGCCCUGCAGAUGUGGGUGGGAUGGAAGAGACCCGGAUGAGGGCUUCCACACUGCUCUCUAAGGUCUUCCUGCAGCACCUGUCUCCACUGCUGUCACUCUCUACCUUUGCGGCCCUCUGGCUGACCAUCUUGGACUUCAUGGACAAGUACAUGCAUGCAGGCUCCAGUGACUUACUGUCAGAGGCCAUCCCUGAGUCUCUGAAGAACAUGCUUCUGGUGAUGGACACAGCGGAGAUUUUCCACAGUGCAGAUGCCCGAGGAGGCAGCCCCUCAGCCCUCUGGGAGAUUACCUGGGAGCGCAUCGACUGUUUUCUGCCCCACCUACGAGAUGAGCUCUUCAAGCAGACUGUCAUCCAGGACCCCAUGCCUAUGGAGCCUCAUGCCCAGAAACCUCUACCUUCAGCCCACCUGACACCUACUGCUGGGGACACCAGAACACCUGGCCAUCCACUUCUCCCAGAGAUGCCCUCUGAAUUGGGAGCCUGUGACUUUGAGAAGUCCGAGGGCCCCCGACCUGGCAACAGCAGCUCCCCUGGAUCACCAGUGGCAUCUAGCCCCAGCAGGCUGAGCCCUACCCCAGAUGGGCCUCUACCCCUGGCUCAGCCCCCACUGAUCCUGCAGCCCUUGGCCUCCCCACUGCAGGUGGGUGUGCCACCCAUGACUCUGCCCAUCAUCCUCAACCCUGCUCUCAUUGAAGCCACCUCACCAGUGCCCCUCCUGGCCACACCUCGCCCCACAGACCCCAUGCCCACCUCUGAGGUUAACUAAACUAGGCCCCUCAGAGAUCAGGACCUGUCCCUGGUCCCCCUUCCAGCUGUCCCAGGGGCCAUACUCUUCAGGCCCAACUCGAGCUGCUAUCGCUGCUACUUGUAUGGGGACCUAAAAAACAGAAUUUUUCUAGCCCUUCCUGGGACCCACAAUCAGGCCGCAGGACCUUCCUCCUCUGCUCUCCAUUCUUGGGGGUCCAACCUGGGAGCACACUCAGGUAUCACCUGCAGCCUGGUAGCUCUGGGGAGGCAUCACUGUGCCAGCCCUGCAGUGCCUGCCCUUGUGUCCCUCCUGCCCAUGGUUAGGCAUUGAGAGCCAAGCUAACCACUCUGCACUUUGUUUCCUUCUCCCAUCCCACUCCCAUCAGCCCUGGGCCACCUCCUUCAGUUCUUCCUCUUUUAUUAAUUUGUUGGUGAGUUUGGAGAGCUGAUUGGCAUUGGGGGUGGGCAGAUGGGGCUGGACAGGGGGACUGCCCACAGGAACAUGUACAUAUGGAAAAACGACAACAGUGGACUUUUUAUGAUGUAAUAAAUGUCUUAGUACCAUUAA